AACUCCCAAAAAUAGAAAAAAGAGAGAGAAACAAACAAUCUCCACCGUCAUUCUAGAGACAAGAAACGCAAGCAUGACGAAGGAAGUGAGCGAGGAGGCCGUACACCAGCGCGGCAAGGACUACGUCGACCCCCCGCCGGCGCCAUUCCUCGGAGCCGGCGAGCUGAUGCUCUGGUCCUUCUACCGCGCCAUCAUCGCCGAGUUCAUCGCCACGCUCCUCUUCCUCUACGUCACCGUCGCCACCGUCAUCGGCCACCUCAAGCUCAGCAACGCCGACCAGUGUGGCGGCGUCGGCCUCCUCGGCAUCGCCUGGGCCUUCGGGGGCAUGAUCUUCAUCCUCGUCUACUGCACCGCGGGCAUCUCCGGCGGACACAUCAACCCGGCGGUAACCUUCGGUCUGCUCCUGGCGAGGAAGGUGUCUCUGAUACGCGCGGUGGCGUACAUGGUGGCGCAGUGCCUCGGCGCUGUGUGCGGCGUCGGCCUGGUGAAGGCCAUCAUGAAGAGCCCCUACAACCGCUUCGGCGGCGGCGCCAACUCCGUCGCCCAGGGGUACAACAUCGGCACGGCGCUCGGCGCCGAGAUAAUCGGCACAUUCGUCCUCGUCUACACCGUUUUCUCCGCCACCGACCCUAAGAGGAGCGCGCGUGACUCCCACGUCCCGGUUUUGGCCCCACUACCCAUCGGAUUUGCUGUGUUCAUGGUCCACUUGGCAACAAUUCCGAUCACCGGAACCGGUAUUAAUCCGGCAAGGAGCUUCGGAGCUGCGGUUAUCUACAACAACGAAAAAGUUUGGGAUGACCACUGGAUUUUCUGGGUCGGACCAUUUGUUGGGGCAUUGGCAGCAGCAAUUUAUCAUCAGUUUGUUUUGAGGGCGGCAGCUGUUAAGGCGCUGGGGUCGUUCAGAAGCAACCCAACAAACUGAGCUUUUGUAAUAAUUUCUUUCUGAAUUUUUGAAUUCAGCUGUGGAUCUUUCUUAGUUGCCUGCUGUGUUUCUUCUUGAUGGAUGAUUAAGCUUUUGUUUAGUUUUAAAAUUCUGUGCAUUUGGUUAGAAUUCAGAAGAACACUAGCUCCGAUGUUUUUUUUUGGGGGGGGUAUUUUACCCUUUUGAUCUGUAAUUUGUUGAAUCUUUCUUGCUGUUGGUAUCAUGGGCUACUGUGUGUUUAAUUUGGCCAUUGGCAUGCGACAAAAGUACUGUGCAAGUUGGGUGGGUGAUGACCUGUUUUAUUGCAUUUUGUUGUGCCAUUUUUUAAACCUAAAUUUGCCUUUUAAACUAGGUUAUUAGUAGGGUAAAUCAAUUGUUGAAAUUGAGUCGUUUAUCAAUAUUAAUUAAUGAACUUUAUUCGAUUUCUUGUCAAGCCCUAAUUAGGUGAAUCAUAGAAAAUUUUUACAUUGAGUUAUACGAGCUAAAACUGAGAACGACUGUUGUUAAUUAAUCGGGCUCUAGUUUGCAUUGUAUUCAACAAGUCGAAUUCUCAAUCAAGCUUUUAAUGAGUCAGUGCUCGAGUUUGCAUUGAGUUCAACGAGCCAAACUCUCAAUGAAGCCUUAAU